GCCAGUGAGCAUUACGCGGUUCCGGAGGAGCACCACCAGAUCAUCAAGGAGAAGAUCAAGAUCAAGCACCAUCAUCACCAUCACCACCACAACCAUGUGAAAACGGUUGUCAAGAAGGAGCCAUACCCGGUCGAGAAGGUGGUCCAAGUACCCGUUGAGAAGAUCGUUCACGUCCCUAAACCAUAUCCGGUAGAGAAGGUCGUGGAGAAGGUCGUUCAUGUCCCGGUUGAAAAAAUCGUCCACGUCCCGAAACCGUAUCCGGUAGAGAAGAUCGUCGAGAAAAUCGUCCAUGUCCCUAAACCAUAUCCGGUCGAGAAGAUCGUCGAAAAGCCCGUUCAUAUCGCGAAACCGUAUCCGGUUGAGGUGAAGGUCCCUUAUCCAGUAGAGAAGAUCGUUCACGUGGAUAAGCCAUAUCCGGUCGAGAAGAUCGUUGAGAAAAUUGUACAUGUACCGAAGCCCUAUCCGGUAUACCAGAAAGUCGCAGUUCCUUACGAGGUAAAGGUUCCUUACGAGGUCCCGAAACCAGUUCCGUACCCAGUUGAGAAAAAAAUCCCGUAUCCAGUUGAGGUAGAGAAAAAAGUCCCAGUGCCCGUCAAGGUCGAAGUUGAAAAGCACGUUCCGUACCCCGUGAAAGUGUUCGUGCCAUACGAGAAAAAGGUACCAGUUCCGGUCAAGUCAUCCAGCAGUUCAACAUUCACUUCGUUCCCCUUCGACAAGGACAUUGGCUACUCGAGCACAAAACUGCAUCCGUUUGAAUCCCAACAGCAUGAGGUGAGGCAUUAUGGCGAUGAAUACUCGAACGGUGAGGAGGGCUACAGGAGAACGACCAAAACCACGUAUAAGAAGAACAAGACCAAGAAAACGAAGAAACAAGAAGAUUACAAGAGCCAACAACACCAACAACAGCAACAAAAUCAACAACAACAACAGCAACAACAACAAAGCUACUCAGCGCCAGUGACCGAAGACCACCACGAACAAAACUCAGGAUCGUAUGGAGGUAGCAGCGUCAGCAGCAGCUCCGAGAAUACCCAAGUGCAUCAGAACGGUGGUGCCCACUACUCGCAUACCACGUACUUCACUCAUCCGCCAUCUCCGGCUCAAAGUGGUUACCAGCAACAGCCACAGAAACAACAAGAGCAACAGCAAUACAAUAGUCAGGAAAGUACCAACUACUUCAACCAACAGCUUAUGCAGUACAACCAGCAGCCCAAAUACGGACCGUCGACUUUCCCUCAGCAGAGCGACUACCAGAACCAGGGAUCCAGCAGUGAGGGCCAUUACAGUCAUGUAGACCACUACGGAGCCGGAACUAGCCAGCAGGAAGUGAUCGCCUCACCACCGAACCAGCAACAGAUGUACGACAUGAGUCAGCACCAGCAAGCGAUGCCCCAGUCAUUCACCAUAACCGGACCUACCAACCCGGGAGGUACCCUGCAGCUCGAGGCCCAACCCCAGUCAUUCCAGCUUCUCCAGCUGUCACCAUUCCAGUUCCAGACCCCCACGGGCUUCUCCCUGCCAACCGCCAAAUGAACAACUCCCACUCGUUAGCCCAAGGGCUCGAGAAAACAAGACUGCUAGAAAAGAGAAGAAAACCAACCCCACAUCCCCAACACCCCCAUCCCCCGCCCUACACACCCCCACCCGGUUACCAAUUCCAAGAUGGCGACCAUUACGUCAUACUAACUAUUUAUAGAGGCCAAGCUGAGGGCGCCCCAGACCAGGUCCGCUCCCUGCUGUUGUUUACGUUUAAGUCUAUUUUUGUAAAAUAGUAUUGUUGUUCCCACGUGCGUGAUAUCCCCGAUGUGAUGUGCUGAUUAGGACCAGCAGCUAGCUGUAGGAUUCAAGGAGAACGGUAGUGUUACGCCCCGGAGAGAAAGAAAGCGAUCGGUUUUUUUUUAAUCCUUCGUCCAUUUUAUCUGCAUGUGUUUUUAAGCUAAAAAUUAUCUGUGUUAGGAACGAAACCAAAGCUCAAUAUAAACGUUUUGCGUGAUAUUAAGGUAAAUUGUCUUUUCACGGUAGCUUUCCCGCCUGAGAAACGGAAUUCCACCUACCGAGCCCAAAUGUAUAACCAAGACUAUUUCGAGAGAGUUUGUUUUUCAGUUACGCAACCGCAAAAGGGCUAUGAAAAAAAGCUAGAAUCAAAAACGUUCAAAGCCUCGUGAAAAGAGAACACGCCAAAGCUAAAAAAAAUGCAAUCUUUUUGUAAAUAAUAUACUUCCUUCUAUUGAAGAAACUGUUUGUGGUAUGGCAGAUUGAUGCUACUAGUUGCAAAUACAUACGAUUAUACGAAAAUUGAAUAACA